GGUUUGGUUAUGAAUUUAACGAAGAUGGAGAACUUCGUGACAAGGAAAGUGGAGAACCAUUCAAGUUUAAAGUAAAGAAUAAACAUACAUAUAACCAGAAGAGAUACGAGGCUUUAGGAGAGGUUAUCACAGAACAUGUCUAUGGCUUAUUGGAAUCUGAUGCCAAACUCAAGAAAAUAAACAUCCCACUUGAUGCCAAAGAAGAUGAACCCCAAGGUUUCAUAUUUGCCAGUGAAGAUGCCUCCACCAAUCCCGACAAGCUGUUGGUUCUUAUACAUGGAUCUGGUGUUGUCAGGGCGGGACAAUGGGCCAGGAGUUUGAUUAUAAAUCACUCAUUAGAGAAAGGAACCCAACUUCCAUAUAUCAAAGCUGCCAAAGAAAAAGGCUAUGGGGUUCUGGUACUGAACACAAACCAGAAUAGCGUUAUCAGAGAUGGCGAAAGAGUUGAUAUUCGGGGUAGCGCUGGACCUGAAAGGCACACAGUUUACGUGUGGGACAACAUUAUAUCAAAAGCAAAAGCUAAGCACAUAGCAAUUGUUGCCCAUAGCUACGGAGGCUUGGUGACAGCUGAACUGGCCGUCCACAGAGAGGAAGAGUUUAAGAAGAGAGUAUUUGCAGUUGCACUUACUGACUCUGUACAUAGCUUAGAACACCAACAAGUCCCAUCUAGUGUAGUAGCUUUCUACAAAAAGAAUGCCCGCAACUGGGUGACAAGUUCAGAUGAGGUAGAUAAAGAAAUACGAGAAUUCCACACCAGAAAUGACUGUCCAAGAGUCUCAGCAGGUCAUGAGAAACAUGAGUUCACAUCCUGGUCAGCCUUCAAAUCAGUCAUGAGGUAUUUAGAAGAAAAAUACAAUGCCCUUUCACACGCCAAACCCAUUACACCCACCAAUACAAAUACACCCCCCAAGAAAACUGAGGAAUUACUUGUGGAUUUAUCUACAGAUGACGAUGUAAAGAUAUCCAAUGACAAUCAGGGUGCGACUUCGAAGGAUGAGACAUCUAAUAAGGAAGAACUGUAACAGUGAUGUUUCUCUUUGAAAUGAAUUUGCCAUUUUAGGAUCUGACAAUUCUCGUGGAAAUAGGAUUUUCAUAAGAAGUAACAUUUUUACAUUGAUUGAAUGUAAAGCGAUAUCAUGGAAAUAAUUAUAUUGUAUAAUUAUGAAAAGAAUUAAUAUAAACUCCAAAUAUGAUAAAAUUGAUGGGAGAUGUAGUAACAAAUGAGAUCGUUAUAUUCAUAUUAAAAAAAACAAUUACAUGAGUAUAAUUGCAAAAGCCAAACACAUGUUAAAUUUUAUAAUCAUGGAGUAGGAAAUUACAAAGUUGCCAAAACUGUGGCCAUAUAAUGAAGCUAUGAUUUACUGGUUAGUGUCACGCUGAAUUCAAAUUAACAGCUAAUCUUGACCAUACAAUUUUUAUAGUGUAGCUUUACCAUUAAGUGCAUACUAUAUAGUGCUUUAGUACAACACGUCUAAAUAAAAGUCUGGAACCAAGUGUUCCAUUUGGGAGGUGUUCCACUUAUAGAGGUUCAUUUAACAUUAAGUCAGUUGGUCUCUUG